CGUUUCGUUGAAUCGAUUGUCAGACACGUGAAAUCGAUUUGGUUAGGUUUUUUUUCAAGGAUUUUUUUUUAUUUACCGUUUUUUUAACAUUAUUUAAUCAAUCAUGGUCAAAGCAACGAAACCGAAACCAAGUUCCGGUGCAUCACAUCAUAGUUUGAAUCCGGAUCGGCCACGAAAUGCCAAAGAUACUCAUUUACGUGAUCGUUCGACGAUUCGUCGUUUGUUGAUGUAUAAAAAUUCACAUCCUAUACGUAAUCGGGAAGGUAAGAUUAUCAAAGCGGCACCAUUUCAAGAUAGAUUAUCUAGCGGUACUGUGGCCCGUAUUGCACCAAAUCAAAAAUGGUUCGGUAAUACUCGGACAAUUGCACAGAAUUCAUUGCAAAAAUUUCAAGAUGAAAUGCAAAAAACGAUUCAAGAUCCUUACAAAGUGGUAAUGAAACAAACUAAAUUGCCAAUCACAUUGCUCAAUGAACGUGCUAAAUUUCAACGAGUUCAUAUAUUAGAAACGGAAAGUUUUCAGGAUACAUUUGGAAAGAAAUCUAAACGUAAACGGCCACGUUUUAAAUUUGAAGAUCUACAGAAGUAUGCAUCAUCAGUGGAAACACGUAAUGAAAACUAUGAUGAUAGUAAAGAUUCGAAUAUAAUUGUUGAACGGGAUUUUCGUGAAGAAACACCACAUGCUGUAAUGAAAAAAGGACAAUCAAAACGAAUCUGGAAUGAACUGUAUAAAGUUAUUGAUUCAAGUGAUGUUAUUGUUCAAGUAUUGGAUGUACGUGAUCCAUUGGGUACACGUUCCAAACAUAUUGAAACAUAUUUACGUAAAGAAAAACCACAUAAACAUCUUGUAUUCUUAUUGAACAAAUGUGAUUUAGUACCAACAUGGGUAACACAACGAUGGAUUGCCAUACUAUCCAGCGAAUAUCCAACGAUGGCAUUUAAAGCUUCGAUGAAGACACCUUUCGGUAAAGGUGCUCUAAUCAAUUUGUUACGACAAUUUACACAACUUCAUACGGAUAAAAAACAGAUCAGUGUUGGUUUUAUUGGCUAUCCAAAUGUGGGAAAAUCAUCGGUAAUCAAUACAUUACGUGCAAAAAAAGUUUGUAAUGUAGCACCGAUUGCAGGCGAAACUAAAGUUUGGCAAUAUAUUACGUUAAUGAAACGAAUCUAUUUAAUCGAUUGUCCGGGUGUUGUUUAUCCAUCCGGUGAUUCAGAUACGGAUAUCGUAUUAAGAGGUGUUGUACGUGUUGAAAAUAUUGCCGAUCCUGAAGAUCAUAUACCAACAGUUUUGGAACGUGUUCGUAAAGAAUAUCUACAAAAAGCUUAUAAAAUUACUGAAUGGAAUGAUCAUAUUGAAUUUCUAACCAAAUUAGCACAAGCAACUGGAAAAUUAUUGAAAGGUGGUGAACCAGAUAUAAAUACUGUUUCCAAAAUGGUAUUAAACGACUGGCAACGUGGUAAAUUGCCUUAUUUUGUUCCGCCACCAGAAUCGGUUGACAGACCACCACAGCAACAAAAUCCGAAAAAAUCUAAAUCUAAAAAUCCUCAAGUUCGACAAGAUCUUCGCAAAGUUGAUGUUGAUCUUGAAUUCGAAGGUGAUGAUGUACGAUCAAUCGAUGUGAAUGAUUCCGUCGGUGAUCUUUACGAUUCGGCUGAUGAUGACAAUAAUGAUGAAGAGAAUGAAAAUGAACCAUCUACAGAACCAGAAUCAAAAGAAUCCAUACAACCUGCCAAUGACAACAAUAACGAUGACGACGACGACGAUAAAAAUGAGGACGAACAACAAAUAGUAGCUGAAAAUUCUGUAUCGAUAAAACGGAAAAAAUUGCCAGCAAAACCAUCAUCACAGCAGCCAAUGAAAAAGAAAAUGACAUCCAAACUUAAACGUCGUAUAGAACGUGAACAAAAAACGAAAAAAACUGGCAGCAAUUUCUAUGAUGAAUUACGGAAAAAGACGAAAAAAUUACAGGCCAAUCGUUUCAAUGUGACAUCAUGAUUUUGAAUUUAUUUUUUAUUAUUUCUUCCCAAUUU